AUGACUUCAACGAGCAUGGAUUGUGGAUUCUCUUUUCCAAUAUCGUCACUGCAAAGGUUCACUUAUGGUAAUUGGUCAGGGGGACCAGGCUCUCUGAUUCCUACUUCCCUCAUUGCAGGUAAUAAUAAGCGGAAGUUCACUAUAUAUGAAACGCUUAUUAAGAGCAACCUGCUCUAUGGAGCCGAAACGUGGAGAAUAACAGAAAGAAAUAGAAGAAAACUGGAGGCAGUGGAAAUGGACGUUUUCAGGAGAUUCUUGGGAAUAUCUCGUAGAGACCGAGUAAGAAAUGAAGAAGUGAAGCUCCGAAUGGGUGUGGAAGGAUCUCUGACCACGGACAUUGAAAGAAGACAGCUGAUUUGGUACGGACACAUCCAGAGAAUGCCUAGCACGAGAAUACCUAAAAGAACUAUGGAGUGGAUAGCAUCAGGACGAAGGAAAAGAGGAAGACCGAGGAAGACCUGGAAGGAAGGAAUAGUGAGAGCGAUGAGUGAAAGAAACCUUACUGAAGAUCAAUGCAGUGAUGGUCUGACGUGGAAAUUAGGCAUCGGACAACGUCGAAAGACGUUUUGA